AUGGCACCCUUAACAUCGGUCCUGUCCGAACGACAGAAGGACGAACUAGCGCUGCUCGACUAUCUCUCCUCGGCCGGCCUGCAUUCGACGUUCGAGGCGCUGAAAUCGGAGCUGCCGGCGCAGCAGGACUUCCAGCCGGACCCGAAGGCGAAAUGGGCGGUGCGUCUCCGCUCCUCCUCAUCCGUGCGAGAGCAAAACGGGGUAGUAACCGGCAGACGCUCCCAGACCGGCCACCGCUCCCCCAUCACCGCCCUCGCCUUCCACCCCACCUUCUCCAGCCUCGCCUCCGCAAGCGAAGACUGCACCAUCAAGAUCUGGGACUACGAGACCGGCGAGUUCGAGAUCACGCUCAAGGGCCACACCAAGGUGGUCUGCGACGUCGACUACGACAGCAAGGGCUCCUUCCUCGUCUCGUGCUCCUCCGACCUCACCAUCAAGCUCUGGGACGCCUCGAACAACUAUCGGUGCACAAAAACCCUCUACGACCACGACCAUUCCGUCUCCAGCUCCCGCUUCCUGCCCGGAGACACACACAUCGUCAGUGCCAGUCGGGACCAGACCAUCAAGAUCUGGGAAGUCGCCACCUCGUUUUGUGUGAAGACUCUGCGAGGACACAGCGAAUGGGUGCGCGGGGUGUGGCCCUGGACGCACGGGAAGCUGCUCGCCCCGACGGCGCAGGACGCGCGGAAUAGGGCGCCCGAUCCGGCCUUCGUGGCCACGGGAUCGCGGGACAAGACGAUCCGGAUAUGGGACUGCAACAGCGGCCAAUGUCUCAAGACCCUGGUGGGCCAUGACAACUGGAUCCGGGCGCUCGAGUUCCACCCCAACGGGCGCCUCCUGCUGUCGUGCUCGGACGACAAGACGAUCCGGGCCUGGGACCUGCGCGCCGCCCGCUGCCUCAAGGUCCUCGACGCCCACGACCACUUCGAGAGUCAACCUCCUCGCCUCCGCUAG